AUGGUUGAAAGUAAAAAAGAAAUUUUGAGAAAUUCAACCAACCUUAUUUGGAAAGCAACCGAUGGAAAAGUUGUUACAAUUACUUUCAAUAACCAGUUACGCUUAGCAACCAUCUCGUUAGAUAAAAGAACCAACACUAUCAGAAUUGCUGAUUAUAAGAAUGUUCCAGAAUGUCAACUAUAUAAUAAAAGUGUUAGUAACAACUCAGAACAUGACCAAGGUAUGAAUAAAUUGAUUAAUGUUAUCUCUGGAAUGUUUAACCAUAGCAUGCAAGCUGACGAUAUUGAAAAUAAUGACGAAAGAAAUGAUGAGAGUGAAAUAGAAAAUAUUAUUAAUUUAUCACACAAUAUAAAUAUUAAAGAUAAUAACAAUGAUCAAAAUGAUGAGAAUUUGCAAGAUACUAUAAAUAUUCAGAAAAUCAACUAUGAGGAAAGAAUUGAUAAGAAUUUAUUGCACAAAACUACAGAUGUUGACAAUAAUAAGAAUUUAACGCACGAUACUAUAAAUAUCGACUAUAAAAAUCAUGAAGAAAUGAUUAAUGAGUUAAAGAGAUGUAAAGAUUUGGAUCCUUCUGUAGCUUCAUUUAUUCGAAAAAAGAAAGCAAAAUUGAUAGCUUCAAAUCCUUUAGAUUAUUCAAAAGCUUCAGAUUCUUUAAAUUCGGCUUCAGAAGGUUCGGAUUCAGUUUCAGAAGUUUCAGAUUUGGCUUCAGAAGCUUCAGAUUUUUUAAAUUCAAUUUCAGAAGUAAAUAGCCUG